UAUGGAUUCCUUAAGCUUUGUAACGCUGUGGCUAUAUAUAAAGCCCUACGCUGGAAACUGAAGUACACAGACAGCUGCGAUAGUGGCAAGCGUUUCACAUUCCCAGUGUGCUGACAGUCUGGAAGCAAAGGAGACCCGGGAGCCCUGCUUUGAGUAAGUUUCUUUACCGGGGCUCAGGUACAGAUAUAUUCAUAAAAGAAGGACUGGGGAAAAAAGGAGCAGUUACUCUUCACCAUGGGUUUGCCUUUUGAUCAAGUGGAAGAAUUGCGUCUCUACCAGCAAACUCUCCUGCAGGAUGGACUCAAAGACAUGUUGGACCACAAUAAGUUUCUGGACUGUGUCUUGAAAGUCAAAGGGAAGGAGUUUCCCUGUCAUCGGCUGGUGCUGGCAGCUUGCAGCCCAUAUUUUCGAGCGAUGUUCCUCUCGGACAUGGAAGAGAGCAAGAAGAGGGAGGUCAGUUUGGAAGAUGUUGACCCAGAUGUCAUGGGCAAGAUCCUCCAUUAUAUCUACACCUCCGAGCUGGAGAUCACAGAGCAGAACGUGCAGGACAUCUUCUCCGUGGCCAACAUGUUCCAGAUCCCCUCCAUCUUUACCGUCUGCGUGUCCUUCUUGCAGAAGCGGCUCUGCCUCAGCAACUGCUUGGCUAUCUUCAGGCUGGGCUUGAUGCUGGACUGUGCCCGGCUGGCCGUGGCGGCUCGGGAUUUCAUUUGCGAUCGCUUUGCGCUGGUCUCUCGGGAUGAGGAGUUCUACCAGCUCUCCCCUGACGAGCUUAUCGCAAUCAUCUCCAGUGACUCCCUCAACAUAGAGAAAGAGGAGACCGUCUUCGAAGUAGUGAUGAAGUGGGUGGGGACCAAGGACCACGAGAGCCGGCAGAAGGCCUUGCCUGUCAUCUUUGAGAGCAUCCGCUUCCGCCUCAUGCCCAACGACUACAUCAAGGACCACGUGGAGAAGCACGCCAUGGUGAAGUCCAGCCCAGAGCUGCUCAAGAAACUGCAGAUGGUGAAGGAUGCCCAGAAAGGCAAAUUCACUGUGGUGAAGAAGAAGAAAGUGAAGAAAAGCAGUGAUAAGCAAGUGAAAGACAAUGUUGUCAAUGGAGCGGUAGAUGAGAAGGAAGAUACAGAGGAGGAUGCUCUCCCAGGGAUCUUAAAUGACACAAUGCGCUUUGGGAUGUUCCUCCAGGACCUUAUUUUCAUGGUGAGCGACAGUGGAGCAGUGGCCUACGAUCCCACUGCCAAUGAGUGCUAUUUUGCCUCCCUCUCUACUCAAAUCCCAAAGAACCACAUCAGUCUGGUGACCAAAGAGAAUCAGAUCUUCAUUGUUGGAGGACUAUACUACAACGAGGACAACAAAGAGGAUCCCAUGAGUUCCUACUUCCUACAGUAUGACCAUCUGGACGCAGACUGGCUGGGGAUGCCCCCCCUGCCCUCCCCUCGCUGCCUCUUUGGCCUGGGAGAGGCGGAAAACUCUAUUUUUGUCGUUGGAGGGAAAGAACUGAAAGAGGGAGAGAAGACCCUGGAUUCAGUCCUGUGCUACGACCGGCUGUCCUUCAAGUGGGGUGAAGCCGAUUCCCUUCCCUACGCAGUCUAUGGCCACGCGGUGGUAUCGCACAAGGAUCUCAUCUACAUCAUUGGUGGCAAAGGAAGCGACAAGAAGUGCCUGAAGACGAUGUGUGUCUACAAUCCAGCCAAGUUUGAGUGGAAAGAGCUGGCUCCCAUGAAAACUGCCCGCUCCUUGUUCGGAGCCGCUGUGCACAAGGACAAAAUCUACGUGGCGGCUGGCGUGACCGACUCCGGUUUGACCAACUCAGUGGAAGUCUACGACAUUGCCACCAACAAGUGGGACACCUUCACUGAGUUCCCCCAGGAGCGCAGCUCAGUCAGCCUGGUGAGCUUGGCCGGGGUGCUCUACCUGCUCGGAGGGUUUGCCACGGUGGAGACGGAGUCAGGAGAACUGGUGCCAACAGAGCUGAACGACGUUUGGAGAUAUGAUGAAGAGCAGAAGAAGUGGGAAGGGGUCCUCCGGGAGAUCCAGUAUGCCUCCGGUGCCACUUUCCUUCCCGUGCGCCUCAAUGUUUUGCGCCUAACGAAGAUGUAGCAAGGCGUGAUUUUUUUUUUUUUUUCCAUGGGGUCUAGGGCAAGGAGGGAUGGGGGGAGGUGACGCCAUGCUUACCAGUGGAGAGAUAUGGCAUCUGGAUACAGUGUAGGAUGUUGCAUCUGUGAUUGGUACCUUUUUAGUUAGUUAAAUGGGAAAGGGGAGAAAUUAUCUUGAAGCCCUAUGGGAACUUGAAGAUGCUCACAAGAUAACUAGAGAAGGGGUCUAGAGCCUGCAAGGAGCUGGGGUAGGCUGAGAAGCAUGGAGCAAUGACUUCUACCAGUCUCAGCAGGGAGGACAAAAAGAUCAUACACUUGUUCUGCUUCUUUCUCUGUGUUUUCCCCAUCUUCUCAACUGCUGUUGAACCUCCCCAACAAAUGGCUGAGGCAGAAAGUGGGUCCCAAGGGACGAAGCUGACAUUCCC